UCGUGCGAGGACUUGUACGACAACAACGAAGUACAUUCACACUCGUGCUCGCUCCUCCUAUGAGGGAUGUAACCCACAUGAGAUCUCCUCAUGUGCAAGAGGAGGUGGAAGAGGUGCAAGAGAGGCUUGUUCCAGAGAAGGUGGGGCAGCAACCGAGUACAAAAUCCUCCCCUGUGGUCGUUCCUCCAAUGAAUCAGGUGCAUAAGGUGCAAGAGGUGGUGCAAAAGGUGGUGCAAGAGAUGAAAGAGAUGCUUGUCAGUGAGAAGCUAGGGCAACAACCUUCUACUUCAUCCUCACUUGUGGUCGUUCCUCCUAUGAGUCAGGUGCAAGAGGUGGUGGUUCAAAAGGUGGUGCAAGAGGUGGAAGAGAGGCUUGUCCGAGAGAGGCUAGGACAGCAACCAACUACUUCCUCAGGCUGUAGGGUCGCUGACAUUGACAUGAGACCUGAAGUGCAAGAGAAAGUUAAUGUUGGGAUGCAUGACGGUGGGAAGAGUGAUAAUGAUGAUGAGAAAGAUGAUGAGGAGGAGGAAGAUGAGGAGGAUGAGGAUGAUGGUGAUGAAGAUGGGGACAAAAAUGAAGAUGAUGAUGAUGAGGACAGUGAUGGGAAGGGGGUGAAGCUGGGAAUACGAAUGUCGGUGGAGAUGGUGAGGAUAAUGGGGAGAAUAAUGGGUAUACGACACCUGGCCCAGGUGAUACCGCUCCCGAAGUGAAGAAAAGCCGCUCCCGGUGCCGCCGCAAACCGACCUCCAAACAAACUUAACUUGAACUUCAGAAGAGUUACAGAACGAAGGUCACCUCAUUCGAGAGAGUCCUUCUGCAAUUCAUUAGGCAGGGUAAAGUGA